AUGGGUGUUGGAGCAAAGGGCGAGAGUGGUGCUUCUCAAUCUAUUGAAGGCGAUACUAGUGCUGCAGUUGAUGGAAUUGCAAAUUAUGGACCUGGUUUCAAACCCCCUUCUAUGCAUGAAUUGAGGACUUGGAUUCUUAAAGCAGAAGUAAAGGAUAUAAAUGUCAUGAUGGAGGAACAUAAGAAAGCAUGGAAACAAUAUGGAUGCUUAAUUAUGUCUGAUGGCUGGACAGAUGGAAAAAGUAGAGUUCUUAUUAAUUUUCUUGUGAAUAGCCCUGCUGGAACUUGUGUCGUAGAUGAAAUUGGAGAAGAUAAUGUUGUUCAAGUUAUUACUAAUAAUGCUUCAAACUAUGUCAAUGCCGGGUCGAGACUUAUGGAGAAGAGGAAGAAGUUGUAUUGGACUCCAUGUGCUGCGCAUUGUAUUGAUUUAAUGUUGGAGGACAUUGGAAAAUUGAAAGUCUAUGACCAAACUCUCUCGUUAUCUAGGCAAGUGGUCAAGUUUAUAUAUGGACAUUGUUGGGUUCUUUCAAUGAUGAGAUCAUUUACAAAGAACAGUGAACUACUCCGUCCAGCAGUAACACGGUUUGCCACUGCUUAUCUUACUCUCCAAAGUCUUUACAAACAAAAGCAACCACUCCAAGCUAUGUUUUCUUCAGAAAAGUGGGCUUCUAGUAGUUGGGCAAGAAAGGUUGAAGGGGUAAAGGCUCGUGCAACUGUGUUGUUUGAUCCAAAAUUUUGGCCUAAUGUUGCUUUUUGUAUCAAAAGCACAAUACCUUUGGUUAGUGUUUUGCGAGAAGUUGAUUAA